AUGUCUGAAGCCAUCGUAACCUUCCAGUCUCAGCUCUCCGGAGUCAUGGAGACGGUAUUCAAGGCUGCCAUGUACGAGAUCACCAGGCUGGUGGAGGAUAGCUUCCUGAAGGAGGUGUCCCGUAGCCGGGAGCAGGUCGAGUCACUGAAGAAGCGGCUGCUGUGGUCGGAGAACAGACGCAGGGAGAGGGACAGAGAGGGAGGCCGUACGGGGAAGUGUGCGGACUGUGGGAGAACUGACGAAGAAGCCGAGGAGAGAAGCUCUGGAACCUCACAGACAGGUGAAGCGAGAGAGAAAUCUCAAGACAGUGCCUUCAGGAAAUAUUCAUAGACCUUGACUGAUUCCACAUUUUGCUGUGUUACAGCCUGAAUUAAUCAAAAUUGAUUAAAUUGAUAUUUUUCUCACCCAUCUACACACAAUACCCCAGAAUGACAAAAUGGUUGCAAAUACAGAAAUAUCAAAUUUACAUAAGCAGUCACACCCCUGAGUCAAUACUUUGUAGAAGCACCUUUGGCAGCGAUUACAGCUGUGAGUCUUUCUGGGUAAGCCUCUAAGAGCUUUCCACACCUGGAUUGUGCAACAUUUGCCCGUUAUUAUUUAAAAUGGUACUUCAAGCUCUGUCAAAUUGGUUGUUGAUCAUUGCUAGACAAUCAUUUUCAGGUGUUGCCAUAGAUUUUCAAGUAGAUUUAAAUCAAAACUGUAACUCGGCCACAGGGACAUUCACUGUCUUCUUGGUAAACAAGAAGCCAAAUAAGAGCCAAAUAAACUCCAGUGUUUAUUUGGCCUUGUGUUUUAGGUUAUUGUCCUAAUGAAAGGUGAAUUCAUCUCCCAGUGUCUGGUGGAAAGCAGACUGAACCAGAUUUUCUUCUAGGAUUUUGCCUUUGCUUAGCUCUGUUUAGUUUUUAUCCUGAAAAACUCCCCAGUCCUUAACAAUUACAAGUAUACCCAUAGCAUGAUGCCACUAUGCUUGAAAAUAUGGAGAGUGGUACUCAGUAAUGUGUUGUAUUGGAUUUGCCACAAACAUAACACUUUGUAUUCAGGACAAAAAGUGAAUUGCUUUGCCAAUUUCUUUUGCAGCAUUACUUUAAUGCCUUGUUGCAAACAGGAUGCAUGUUUUGGAAUAUAUUUAUUCUGUACAGUGUCUUGUUGCAAACAGGAUGCGUGUUUUAGAAUAUUUGUAUUCUGUACAGGCUUCCUUCUUUUCACUCUGUCAAUUAGGUUAGUAUUGUGGAGUAACCCCAAUGUUCUUGAUCCAUCCUCAGUUUUCUCCUAACACAGCCAUUACACUCUGUAACUGUUUUAAAGUCACCAUUGGCCUCAUGGUGAAUUCCCUGAGCGGUUUCCUUCCUCUCAGGCAACUAGGUUAGGAAGGACACAUGUGUAAUCCAAAGUGUAAUUAAUUACUUCACCAUGCUCCACGGGAUAUUCAAUGUCUGCUUUGUUUAUUUUUUACCCAUCUAUCAAUAGGUGCCCUUCUUUGUGAGGCAUUGGAAAACCUCCCUGGUCUUUGUGGUUGAAUCUGUGUUUGAAAUUCACUGCUCGACUGAGGGAUCGUACAGAUAAUUUUAUGUGUGGGGUAUGGAGAGGAGGUAGUCAUUUAAAAAAGAAUGUUAACACUAUUAUUGCACGCAGAGUGAGUCCAUGCAACUUAUUAUGUGACUUGUUAAGCACAUUUGUACUCCAGAACUUAUUUAGGCGAAAGGGUUGAAUACUUAUUGACUCAAGACAUUUCAGCGUUUCAUUUUGUAUUAAUUUGUAAACAUUUCGAAAAACAUAAUUUCACUUUAACAUUAUGGGGUAUUGUGUGUAGGCCAGUGACAAAAAAAACUAUAUUUAAUCUGUUCAGGCUACAACACAACAAAAUGUGGACAAAGUCAAGGGGUGUAAAUACUUUCUGAAGGCACUGUAUACAGUAUAUAUUGGUUAUUGAACUACAGUAAGUUAAAUGGAUUUACACCCGAUAACAGAAUUACGGUAACGGAAUUACAUAAUGGGUCGCUGAUCUGAACUACAUAAUGAUGGAUAUGAAAGUCAUGCUCUUCAUGGGGAUGUAUCCUGAAUAGGAACACAAAGGUAGACAUAUACAAUAUCAUCCAUUGUGUGUGUAUAUAUAUAUAUGGUAUUAUUCUACACACUGGCUAUUAUUCUAAUGAGCUCCACCCCAAAACAAAACCACAUUUGGUUGGUCCGGACCGGACCAAUUCUGAACCAAUCAUAGACGUCUGUGUUUCACAAGUUUGGACAUCACAUUACAGCACAGUAGAGUACAGUAUACUACUCUAGUCUGCUCUACUGAACUAUACUCUUCUUUACUGUACUGUACUCUACUACUGUACAAACUUGUGAAACAUAGACGUCUAUGAUUUGGUCCGGCCACCAAUCAUGGAUGUCUAUGUUAGGGCCAAAUCAAGGCUGUAGAUGUUGAAAUCAAGGCCAGGGUGGACUGACCAAAUAUAUCAACUACUUUUCAACAUUCAUGGACGUCCGGUGUCGGUCGCUGCUCAGUGGGUGAGGAUGCUGGUUACAGUAAAUGGAAAGAGAGGAGGCUCAUGGGUAGGUGUCAGUAAGAGCUGGGAGAGGUGACAUUAACGAGAGAGAGAGAGAUUGUCCAGACUGUUUUCACACUCACUUUGACCACCAGAUGACAGAAAGAAAGAAAACAGUUAUGAGCUGAAUAUAACAGUAUGGAAGGGAGGACAGUAGCAGGAGACCCUAUGAGCUGAACAUAACAGUAUGGAAGGGAGGACAGUAACAGGAGACCCUAUGAGCUGAACAUAACAGUAUGGAAGGAGGACAGUAACAGGAGACCCUAUGAGCUGAACAUAACAGUAUGGAGGGGAGGACAGUAACAGGAGACCCUAUGAGCUGAACAUAACAGUAUGGAAGGGAGGACAGUAGCAGGAGACCCUAUGAGCUGAACAUAACAGCAUGGAAGGAGGACAGUAGCAGGAGACCCUAUGAGCUGAACAUAACAGUAUGGAAGGGAGGACAGUAACAGGAGACCCUAUGAGCUGAACAUAACAGUAUGGAAGGAGGACAGUAACAGGAGACCCUAUGAGCUGAACAUAACAGUAUGGAAGGGAGGACAGUAACAGGAGACCCUAUGAGCUGAACAUAACAGUAUGCCAGUGGAAGGAGGACAGUAACGGGAGACCCUAUGAGCUGAACAUAACAGUAUGGAAGGGAGGACAGUAACAGGAGACCCUAUGAGCUGAACAUAACAGUAUGCCAGUGGAAGGAGGACAGUAACAGGAGACCCUAUGAGCUGAACAUAACAGUAUGCCAGUGGAAGGAGGACAGUAACAGGAGACCCUAUGAGCGGAACAUAACAGUGUGGAAGGGAGGACAGUAGCAGGAGACCCUAUGAGCUGAACAUAACAGUAUGCCAGUGGAAGGGAGGACAGUAGCAGGUGACCCAACUGUGGUUUGUGACUAUUAUGAUUUCACAAUGUAGCCAAUUCAAUUGGAGUAUAAGUAAUUCUGAUACUGAUUUGGUAACAGAAUUACGAGUUUUAAUCACUUAAUAAUUCAGAAACAAAUGUAUAUCAGUAAAAACACUACAACUAAUUGCUAGGUCUACCUUUACUUGUUACUUCUGUCAGAAAUUAGAAAAUAUCUUAAAGAUAUAUGGGUUUUUGGUUACUGAAUUACAAAGCAAUGUAAUAUUUUAUAUUUUAUUAAAUUAGAAAAUAUCUUAAAGAUAUAUGGGUUAUUGGUUACUGAAUUACAUAGCAAUGUUAUAUUUUAUUAUUAUUAUUAUUAUUAUUAUUAUUAUUGUUACCCCUUUUUCUCCCCAAUUUCGUGCUAUCCAAUUGAUAGUUACAGUCUUGUCCCAUCGCUGCAAUUCCGGUACGGACUCGGGAGAGGUGAAGGUCGAGAGCCAUGCGUCAUCCGAAACACGACCCUGCCAAGCCGCACUGCUUCUUGACACACUGCUCACUUAACCCGGAAGCCAGCCGCACCAAUGUGUCCUAGGAAACACCGUACAACUGGCGUGCAUGUGCCCGGCCGGCCCGCCACAGGAGUCGCUAGAGCGCGAUGGGACAAGGACAUCCCGGCCGGCCAAACCCUCCCCUAACCCGGACGACGCUGGGCCAAUUGUGCGUCGCCUCUUGGGUCUCCCGGUCGCGGCCGGCUGCGACACAGCCCGGGAUCGAACUCGGAUCUGUAGUGACGCCUCAAGCACUGCGAUGCAGUGCCUUAGACCGCUGCGCCACUCGGGAGGCCAAGGCAAUGUUUCUUACAGAAGGCAAAUAAUUUCUCCAAAACUAAAUAUGUGUUUAUUAGUUCGCAGGGGUCUUUACUUCAACAUUUAUUAUGUUUUGAUGUGUUUCUAAUACCUUAUAAGACUUUUUCUGUUAAAUGUUUUCUAAGACCCCUUUUUGACCAUAAAUCAAAGCCAUUACUUAGGCCUAAUUUGGUUGAAAAAUGUAUCUAUGCAUUCCUAAAAAUAUAGACUUACCUUUCAUUUGACAGCCAAUUUGAUAUGCUCCUAUUAACUUCACAUAUUGGUGCUCAUGGUUCCUUUUACAUGGAAAUGACCAUAUGGAGGAAUCACUCUGAUGUGGGGCUGCUGUAAUGUGUACCUUCCAUACGUUGGUGAUCAAUGAGUAUUGGUUUAAGAAAAGAGUUGAAGUCAUGGGUGGUGUCAUCUUAAUAAGAUGCUUCCUUUCCUUCAUCUGCACUGAUGUGAGGAGACUCCAUCAUCCACAAUGUUACUUUAGCCUUUCCUUUAACUUCAAAUAAAAUGUUAUUUUUGUUUACCUGUGGCCAGGUGCGGAGACGGGGCGUGGCCUGAAGCAGGAGAAAGUACCAGGGGAGGAGUGGAGCAGCUGUGGGGGCGUGGCUGGGGAAACAGCCUUCCAUGAUCUGGAGGAGGCAGAGGCCACCAGUCCUAGGAGAACAUCUGAGGUAUCUAAGGGACUAAACACCUGUGGAGGGUGCAGUGUUACAGAACGUUCAGUUAGAAAUAUAUUUGAAAGAACAUAUUAGAACAGAUAGUCUGUCACUAAGAAUAGGGCAGCCUCUUUCAAACCUCUCCUCAUAUUUGAACUGUUCCAGAACUAGCACACCUGAUUCAACUUGUCAACGAAUCAUCAAGGUAUGCUAGUUCAGGGCUACAGCAACAUUGUGAGAUGUCUUGGGGUCCCUGAGGAGAGUUCUGAAUAGGGAACCAUCAUGUCAGCUCUAUUCAGUUACUGUAAGUUUAUCCAUCAUUUAGUCCGAAUUGACUCAUUCAUUUCCUCUUCCAGUCCACAGAGGUCGGAGGUCAGAAGCUGGACAGUCUGCUGAAAGAGGAGGCUCUCCACAACACUGAGCUACAGGAGAGAUGGGAGUUCUGCCUGGACGGUGAGUUGAGGAUUUUACAACAAACAAAACACAGACAAUAGCCUACCUUUAAUAGCCUACCUUUAGGUUUAUGAGAAUGAUAAGAAGAGUAACUUAUAGUAUGCUGUGUCAUUCCAAAUGUAUUCAUUAUUACACAUGGCAAGUCAUCUGGAAACUGUAAAUACACAUUUAGCAUUACAGUUACUCUACUAAAGUUUCUAGUAAUUGUAAUGUCUUAAAUAUGAAUGAUUCUAAUGCCUCAUGUCCCGUGUGUUUUCAGGGGCCGAUGGUUCGGACGUCUCAGGGGCCCAGUAAGAGUUUCAGUGAGCAGGAGCUGCAGCAGUGCCAGGAUGACUGGGGAUCUGGUCUAGACCAGGGGCCUGAACCACCGGGCCCAGAGGGAGACCCAGGGGACCCCACUGACCCUCUCUACCGCCCUCGUUACAGCAUGGAGGAACUGGGGGGCGGCUUUGAGAAGUCUGGUUACGGCGGUGAUGGUGGUGGCGACCAUAUUCUAGACAUGGAAGGGCUAGAUAGGCUUCCUGGUUCUCCGUCUCGUCUGGGGGCGCUGACCUAUGUGAGUCACUUCCAGGUGAACCUGGGGGGGUCUGAGGGGGGAGACCAUCACCAUCGCUCCCACAUGCCUGGCCCCCAUCGGAGCCGGAGGGAGCGGGUGGGCUCGCCAACGCGGUCUCCCCAUCCGGAGGUGGGAGACCUGAACUGCCUGUUGAUCAACGAAGAGGGUUACCUGCAGGACUCCAGUGUCUUGUACCCCGAACACGGUGUCCCAGAGUCGGGUAACAGAGCUGACCACAGGGGGCUAACCUCCAUCCACUCUGGAAGCUCAGCCCACAACAACAACACAGAGAGCCUGUAUGGUGCCGCUGACAACUUUGGACACUCUCUAAAUCUCAGAGAUCGUUCACAAGAGCAGUUAACAGGAAGAGGGGGAGGAGGGGGGAGACGUCACGCCUGCAAUCAGUGCACCAUGACCUUCCCAGACUCUGGCUCCCUCAAGGCCCACAAGCAAACACACAAAACAGGGAGAGGGUCGAGUACAGGGUCAGGGUCUGGGCCUCCGUACUCCUGCACCCAGUGUGGUAAAACCUUCACCCAGGCCUGCAACCUCAAGGUCCACCAGCGUGUCCACCAGGCCGAGGGACUCCACCUCUGCAGCCACUGUGGCAAGGGCUUCACCUCCUUCUCCGACCUGAAGAGGCACAAGUGCAGCCAGACGACUGACAAGCCCUACUGCUGCUCCAUCUGUGGGAACAAGUUCAGUCGGCUCUGGAACCUCAAGCUGCAUCAGCGCAUUCACACGCAGGAGAAACCCCACCGCUGCACUAUGUGUGACAAGAGUUUCACUCGGGCGGACAUUUUGAAAGUGCACCUGCGCAUCCACACCGGGGAGAGACCGUACUGCUGCGCUGUGUGUGGACUCCGCUUCAAACGACUGGACCAUUUGAAGUUGCACCAGCGCAAACACAGGCUGGAUCUCCUGAACUGAUUUAUUUAAAUGUUUUAUUUGACAUUUUAGUCAUUUACCAGAUGCUUUUAUCCAGAGCGACUUACUAUUAGUGCAUUCAUCUUAGGAUAGCUUGGUUUAUUAUUAUUUUAUUUGACAUUGAGAUAAAAUGUUUUUGUGAUCAAUUGUUUAUUAAUAAGGACAUUGAAAAAAUGAACUGUUGGAAAUCUAACUGUGUUGAAUAAGAAUGUAUUCCUUAGAUUAUGGACUGUCUAUUAAUUGUCUGUCAUAAUGAUCAUGCCAACCUACCAAACAUUAGAAUAAUACUGCAUUCAUGACAGGUCAGAAACUGGGAACCUCUGAGUUAAAAUUAAGUUAUUUGCGUAGAGCUUCCUAUUGGUUGAUUUUUAUACUUUCCAAGUGGGAAACUCAGGUAUCAUCUUUCUACAACGAGUUCCAAGUCGUACAUUUCUGAGUUUCCUAGUUCCGAUCUGUCAUGAAUGCAACAUAUGUCUCAUAUCUUCUGUUCAUCCAGCUUGCCUUCUCCCCCAGUCACUAACCAUACUGUAACCAUACAUGUUAUUCCUGUAUAUAAUAUAUUAUGUUACCUUAAUGGAAAUAAACAUUUUACCUGAAUUGUCAUAAUUGUAUUUUUUGUACAAUAAAUAUUUGGCUCCCCAUGUAGUCAGUGAAUAGAUCAUUCCUUAAAGACAUGCUACUGACCUUUGGCGACUACUAAGUCUUUUUAAAAACCUCCCGCUUUGGGCUGGAUGUGUCCAUCUGUAGUUCAUAUAUGCAAAAUCUAUGAUCGGAAUUACUGUCUUACUUGAAUUAGACACGAAAUCCCUAGUUUGAAAGUGACUGUUUUUAUGGAAGCAUUUUACCUACGUUUCUCCCUACGUGUGCCAGCCAGCUAGCAAUUCGAGUUUAGCCAAUGAGCUUCAGUCCCCCUACCAUUACUCAAACAGCUAGCAAGAUGCACUCACAGCAGAGCGAGAGAGAAGGAAAGCAAUGACAUGGUGACCUAUAUAUGCACAUAUGUGAUGUAGUACGCAAUUAUCGGGGACCACUUUUGGCUCUUGAGGGCUACUUUCAGAACUUCUGGAUAAAAAGUGUACAAAAGUACCGGAUAAUCUCUUUAAUUCCUUUGGUAAAUAUGUUUUUAACAUUUUGUUUUGCUUACAACUAUAUUUUCACCAUAGAUAGACGAAGUGAAGUAAUUCUCUACCUCACAUAUGUAGAAUUUGGCGCAAACGAAAGGUUUCACUUGUACUAUUAACGCGUUUCUUGAAACGUUCCCUUACCGCGCGCACGUUGAUCACACAGGGCCACCGUAGAGCAGAAGGGUGACUUGCGAUUGAAAACAAUCGCAUUUCCGGAAUCUGUCCUCGAUUAGCAUGUGUUUUCUAUUUCUUCAAUUAAAACGAAUAUCUGGAAACAACUACCCCAUGUUCAUGAAGUAAAGUCAGCCUUUUGGUAAUAACGUUUUUAAUCACUAGUACUUUAUGUUGCAAAAUAUCCCAUUAUUGACUUGUAACAAGGCUAGUUCCAGUAGUAUGUUAGCUAGCAAUUUUUUUUAGCAAGUUGGAUACGAACCCAUCUUUGUCUGAUACGUUGUCUGUUACCUUGUCGAAUUUUACGAUGUGACCGUUUUAUUGAACGUUUGUUGCACUCUUCUACGCUGGACGGUCUUCACCACUUGGUUGUUAGUUAGCUAGCUAGCUGGAGGAGCUGUCACUCUUAUUGGUCAGAGAAACAGAUCAGUGAUGAGUCAGUGAUGGACAUGGCAUAUUUCUACCCACUUAUUCUGAAUAAUAGGGCUCUUUGAAGAGAUUCACUUUAGGAUCACACACAAACACAGUCCUGACUUGCUCCCACAAAGACAGAUGCUUGGUGCAGAUCCCACUGUGAAUUGAUCUGUGAAAAAGAUACACACAAGCAGUAUGUCGGAGAAUCUCGUCCUCACCUUCCAGGCCCAGCUCUCGGGAGUCAUGGAGACGGUCCUAAAGUCAGCCAUGUAUGAGAUCACCAGACUGGUGGAGGAUGGCUUCCUGGAGGAGGUAAGACGUGGUCAACAGGAAGUGACACGGAGCCACCAGGAAGUGGAGUCUCUGCGGACGCUGCUGCAGCAGGCAGAGAGUCAGCUGAAGAAUGGCAGCCAGAUGGCCAGGUGUGCAGACUGUGGCAGGACAGAUGUCUACAAUGAGGAAACAGACGACAGACCUCCAGGAAUGCAGAACAGUAAGUGGGGGCUUCCUUUGAGUCAUAAAAUACUUUUAGGUAUAACCAAGGGUUGAAUGGUGACUGUGUAGGUGUCUCCAAAAUGAGUUAGUUCUCUCUAUGACAGUUUAUAAAUAGCUAUGCUCAUCUACCACUGUUCUUUCCCAGCCUAAGGUUGGUCCAAACCACAGCAAUAUAACUAAUUAGCCUAUUGAGACAUGACACUUUGAGUUCAGGGGGUGUGUGUUAUGCUGUUGUCUCAUUGGUAGUGCUUUCAUUAGUGGCACACCGUCCGUUUACUCCAAACGCUCUGUGACAUAAGGUAAAAGCUCUCGAGUUCCAUUUAGUUUUCAAACGGAAGUUGUAGUUAAUUCUUUUUUAGUAGGGCAGCAGAGAGCCAUGCCAUGAACUACAACUUCUGUUUUGCUACGGUGUGCCACUAAUGAAUACAACGGCACACUAGUUGAAUGUCUCUCCUGGGCCUGGUUCAGCAGGACACAAUGUUGGCCAGCGUUCAGAUAGAAAUAUAUGAUAUAGAACAAACAUACCUCUCUGGUAUAUAGAAUUAGGAAUCACGUCAGUUCAAGUCAUUUAGUCAUUUCUAUCUGCAACGUUCUACAAAGUGUUCUUACUGAACAUGGCCCUGUAGUUUCACUGGUUGUCACCUGUCUCCCCAGGUGUGCUUCUGCUGAGUGGGUGUGACCUGAAGCAGGAGGAGGAGCCAGAGGUCAGGUGGAGAAGCUGUGGACAGGAAACAGUGGAGUCGUCACAGGUAGCAGCUAAACCAACUCCUCCCACUCCUCCAGCUCCCAGUCCUUCGCUGGUAGGCAGUGUUAAGGAGGAGGAGGAAGGGGAGGAGGACAUGGAGCCGUGGAGAAUGAAGGUGGACAUACAGCCGUCUGCAGCUCACACCUACACAGAGGAGCAGCGGGACUCACACACACUCGGUCAGAGUACAGGAGACUCUAUUGGGUUUCUCUCUGCGGACCCAGAGGCCCAACAUGUCACCCAGACACCCAGACCAGCAGGACCAUCUCAGAACCAGAGCAGAGGACCCAGCAAUGACGGUGACGGAACAAGGAGUAGAGCCUCACCGGUGUGGAUAAGCCAUAGGAUAUUAGACACAGAUACUGACGUUCACAGACGAGCUCAGUCGAACCUGCGACUGGUAAGAGAGCCUCUGUCGUCCUCUGAAUCUGCAGAGGCAAAGCAGCAAGCUAGAGAUUUAGCUCCCCCAGCCAAUCCCAGCACAGCGGGGGCCUCUGUCUCCUCCUCCUCAUCAUCAGGCUCUCAUGUCUUCAGCUCUCUAAACUACAGGAUUCCUUCCAAAUAUAAGCCCAGCCCUCAAGCUCUGCCGCGCAUGAGAGUAUAUAGGGACGCUGCCAAGCGGGGCGGCUACAUCAUGUACAACAGGGGCACCGCCCAGGGAGGGCUCACUCCCUCCCAAACCCCAACCCAACAACAAGGGAACAACCACCACCAGCAUCACCACCCUGGGAGGAUGGCCCUCCGCUGCCCAGUGUGUGGUAAGGUCUUCCCCCAUCCCAGCAGCCUGAAGGCCCACGAGCAGACCCACACAGGGGAGAGGCCGUUCGUCUGCGCCCUGUGUGGCCGGAGCUUCACCAAGCUGAGCAACCUGAAGGCCCACAGGCGCGUUCACACUGGGGAGAGACCCUACAGCUGCUCGGACUGCGGCAAACGCUUCACACAGAAGUGCAACCUCAAGAGGCACCAGAGGAUUCACAUGGAGAACGAUAUAUAAUGUGGGCGGGGAGGAAUGUGUGUGUGGGUGGUUGCGUGGGCAGGGAGGAGUGUGUGUGUGUGGGGGGGGAGGAGUGUGGGUGUGGGGAGGAGUGUGUGUGGGUGGGUGUGGGGAGGAGUGUGUGUGGGUGGGUGUGGGGAGGAGUGUGUGUGUGCCAGGGGAGUGGGUUGUUAAUUUGACCCAUGUUAUUGCAUAAGAAGUAUAUUGUUUGUUAUUCCUUUAUAUCAAUACUGUUGAUAUUAAAUUAGACAUGAUGUAGGAUAGAUAAGCUGUGUUUUUUCCCCCCCAUGGUGUUGUCUACCGUUUUUAUAAUAAUUUAUAGUAAUUUACAUUUCAACUAUAAGUGAAAAGAAGGUUCUCUAGACCUUGUUAACAGAUGAAUGUUCUACCAUAGAUGGCUAGUGUGGUAGCUAAUAAAACGGUUGUGUCUGUUAAAAUCAGAGCACAUGACAAUGCUCUAUCCAAGUUCUUCUGAGUGUCCCAAAUCAAACGUUGGCCUAUACAACAUGUAAUCGAAUAUGUAUACCCUAUAAAAUUGAACAUAAAAAAAUUUACCUUGGUCAAUGAACAAUGGCUGCGGAGUGAGUAAGGUCAAUAUUGCUAGUGAAUGGAGAUUUUUUUGUAUGGUGUUUGGUCGUGGCACAGUAGAUUGAAAUAAGUGGAUUGAAAUAAAUGUUUUUUUUCUUUAUGCAAGAUUUGUAUGAGAACAUACAGGAUGGUUGCAUUGUGAAAUCAAAAUCAUAGCUGCACUGUUCCCACUGGAAGUAUAACCUACAAGAGAUGGAUACGAUAGUUUUAUUUUAUAAAUAAAUAGGGUGACUGAAGAAAUUAUCUUUAACUAGUUAAUUUGUUUUUGACUAAACUUGAUAUAGGCCUAGGAUUUGUUUGUGGCUUUUAAGUCAAAAUUAAAGCAGUCAAGUGUGUCACUUUUUGUCCGAUUUCUCUCAUUUAUGUGAUUCAUUACUGUGUCAGGUACAGUGGGGGAAAAAAUGUAUUUAGUCAGCCACCAAUUGUGCAAGUUCUCCCACUUAAAAAGAUGAGAGAGGCCUGUAAUUUUCAUCAUAGGUACACGUCAACUAUGACAGUCAAAUUGAGAAUUUUUUUUCCAGAAAAUCACAUUGUAGGAUUUUUAAUGAAUUUAUUUGCAAAUUAUGGUGGAAAAUAAGUAUUUGGUCACCUACAAACAAGCAAGAUUUCUGUCUCUGACAGACCUGUAACUUCUUCUUUAAGAGGCUCCUCUGUCCUCCACUCGUUACAUGUAUUAAUGGCACCUGUUUCAACUUGUUAUCAGUAUAAAAGACACCUGUCCACAACCUCAAACAGUCACACUCCAAACUCCACUAUGGCCAAGACCAAAGAGCUGUCAAAGGACACCAGAAACAAAAUUGUAGACCUGCACCAGGCUGGGAAGACUGAAUCUGCAAUAGGUAAGCAGCUUGGUUUGAAGAAAUCAACUGUGGGAGCAAUUAUUAGGAAAUGGAAGACAUACAAGACCACUGAUAAUCUCCCUCGAUCUGGGGCUCCACGCAAGAUCUCACCCCGUGGGGUCAAAAUGAUCACAAGAACGGUGAGCAAAAAUCCCAGAACCACACGGGGGGACCUAGUGAAUGACCUGCAGAGAGCUGGGACCAAAGUAACAAAGCCUACCAUCAGUAACACACUACGCCGCCAGGGACUCAAAUCCUGCAGUGCCAGACGUGUCCCCCUGCUUAAGCCAGUACAUGUCCAGGUCCGUUUGAAGUUUGCUAGAGUGCAUUUGGAUGAUCCAGAAGAGGAUUGGGAGAAUGUCAUAUGGUCAGAUGAAACCAAAAUAUAACUUUUUGGUAAAAACUCAACUCGUCGUGUUUGGAGGACAAAGAAUGCUGUGUUGCAUCCAAAGAAUUACCACACCUACUGUGAAGCAUGGGGGUGGAAACGUCAUGCUUUGGGGCUGUUUUUCUGCAAAGGGACCAAGACGACUGAUCCGUGUAAAGGAAAUAAUGAAUGGGGCCAUGUAUCGUGAGAUUUUGAGUGAAAACCUCCUUCCAUCAGCAAGGGCAUUGAAGAUGAAACGUGGCUGGGCCUUUCAGCAUGACAAUGAUCCCAAACACACCGCCCGGGCAACGAAGGAGUGGCUUCGUAAGAAGAAUUUCAAGGUCCUGGAGUGGCCUAGCCAGUCUCCAGAUCUCAACCCCAUAGAAAAUCUUUGGAGGGAGUUGAAAGUCCGUGUUGCCCAGCGACAGCCCCAAAACAUCACUGCUCUAGAGGAGAUCUGCAUGGAGGAAUGGGCCAAAAUACCAGCAACAGUGUGUGAAAACCUUGUGAAGACUUACAGAAAACAUUUGACCUGUGUCAUUGCCAACAAAGGGUAUAUAACAAAGUUUUGAGAAACUUUUGUUAUUGACCAAAUACUUAUUUUCCACCAUAAUUUGCAAAUAAAUUCAUAAAAAAUCCUACAAUGUGAUUUUCUGGAUUUCUUUUUCUCAUUUUGUCUGUCAUAGUUGACGUGUACGUAUGAUGAAAAUUACAGGCCUCUCUCAUCUUUUUAAGUGGGAGAACUUGCACAAUUGGUGGCUGACUAAAUACUUUUUUUCUCCACUGUAUAUUCUUCCCUGGUAUAUUUGUGUGUUAUUCUACUUGUCUGGUCAAAAGUAGUGCACUAGGGGAUAGGGUACUAUUUCGCUGACCAGGGCCCAUAGGGCUCUGGUCAAAAGUAGUGCACUAAUUAGGUGAGAGGGCACCAUUUUGGACACAUACAAAGACCAUUAUAAGCGGGCAUAUAAAGAGUCUACUAUAUACAUUUAAUACGGGCUUUAUACAAAUGUUCUGUAUAAAUAGCCUCUAAAAUAUAUGUAAACAGACCAUAGAUGUAUCAGAUUUUGUUUUCUUGGAAAGCUGUGAGUGCUAUUAUAUCAUACAAUAUUGGAACUUGUUGCAUUUACAACUUGUCUAAGUCCUAUCAUCAACUGAUUUGAGCCAGUGUAUGGCUGUGGAUUGACUGCAUUGUUUGAAUGAAAUGUUGGCAUAUUGGCAGUUAUUUUGAAAAAAUUAAUGGAAUCAUUCCUCUAAAACUGUCUGGCUAGCUACUGUCCUAUAGGUUUUCGCUCCAACCCUAUCUAGUACACCUGAUUCUAAUAAUUAGCUGGUUGAUUAACUGAAUCAGUUUAGUUACAACUGGGGUUGAAACGAAAACCUACAGGAAGGAAUAGCUCUCCAGGAACAGGGUUGGCCAGCCCUGGCAUAGAUACAUAAAGGGGAAUGCCCAUUACUCAUAUUUAAGUGAUAAUGCCCGAGAAGCCAUUGUUUGGAGGAUAUAUUGGCACAGGUGCCAAUAUAUCCUCCAAACACCGGCACAGGUGCCAAUAUAUCCUCCAAACACCGGCACAGGUGCCAGUAUAUGGCUUCUCGGGCAUUAUCACUUAAAUAUGAGUAAUGGGCAUUCCCCUUUAUUUAUCUAUGCCAGGGCAUUAUCACUUUUAUACAACGGGUUACCAACAUAUUAAAAUAAUGAUUGACAUAUUUUCUUAAAAUUUUUUGAUUAAUUUCUUCAUAUUAUUUCAUCCUUCCACAAGAUAUAGUCCCGACACAAAUCUAGGGUUGCUACCCAAGCCAGCUGGUCGUUCGUUGUAUUGGUUCGGUUGCUAGAGACGUGACCCAGUCGUUCAGUCUUUUUGUUCUGUAUCUAUAGACGCGACCCAGUCAUUCAGUCUUUUUGUUCUGUAUCUAUAGACGCGACCCAGUCGUUCAGUCUUUUUGUUCUGUAUCUAUAGACGCGACCCAGUUGUUCAGUCUUUUUGUUCUGUAUCUAUAGACGCGACCCAGUCAUUCAGUCUUUUUGUUCUGUAUCUAUAGACGCGACCCAGUCGUUGUCUUUUUGUUCUGUAUCUAUAGACGCGACCCAGUCGUUCAGUCUAUUUGUUCUGUAUCUAUAGACGCGACCCAGUCGUUCAGUCUUUUUGUUCUGUAUCUAUAGACGCGACCCAGUCGUUCAGUCUUUUUGUUCUGUAUCUAUAGACGCGACCCAGUCGUUCAGUCUUUUUGUUCUGUAUCUAUAGACGCGACCCAGUCAUUCAGUCUUUUUGUUCUGUAUCUAUGGACGCGACCCAGUCGUUCGUUCUAAAUGUUUCAUUGCCAUACUGGCUGACAACGUUCGUAUCCCUUCCUUGCUAGCUACCCAACUACGACUAACGUACAGUCACGUCAAACUGUGCAGCCAGAAUAACAACAGUAGCUGCAUUUGCAUUUGUUUAAGCUGUUUUCUAUAGACAUUUUAUUUGGAUACAUCCAUAACAAUGAGCUAAUGAGGUGUGAUUUGGCCUGGCAUAGAAAAUGUGCUCUCUCGUCAGGACACUGUUGUCCAGAGGAGCUAGCCAACAACACAGCUAACACAAUCACUUUCAACGGAAGCUGGAAAGACUGCAAACUAGCUGCACUGCCUGUCUGUCUCGUCCCGACUCCCUACACGUUCAUUGCUAUGGGACAGCUGGAGAUCGAAUUUGAAUAUUGAAACAAUGUUGCAAAUGUCAGAGACAGACAGCAAGGUUUAUACAAAUCUCCGCUGUUGAAAUGUGAGAUAAUGUCUAGAUGCUUUUUAUAGUGGAGAUCAAGUUAAUAAACAGCCUGGCUGGGCUGAUGAGAGUGGAUUGCGCAGUCAGUUACAACCUACAGUUGUAUAAUGACCACUAGAUGCUUCUAUAAAACUGAUAAUAAACUUUAUUGUGACUAUAUCACAUGUAUAAUAUGUCAAUACAAGUUUAAGGAGAGUGUGUGUGUGUAUGUUUGAGAGUACACAAUGCUGUUAUGUUAUUAUUAAGAAAAAAACACCUUCUCACAAAUCCAUUCGAAUUUCGAGUCACACCCAAAGUCAUUCCAUGCAUGUAGAGGGAUAUUUUGUACACCUCCAUAUAUCAUAGCACAGUCCUUCUCUCCAGCAGCAGAAUCAGGUUUUGACCACCACCAGUACCUACAGGGUAAACACCAGUGAUACAGUUAAACCUUGUGGUAAAAACAUAACCCUGGAAAAUAUCCAGAUGUUUUUCCACUUUAAUUGUUCAGAGCCUUUUUAUAAGAGUAGUUAUAAAUAUUACGCUUUGGUCAGUGGUGUGCCGUCCACCCAUUUCCAAGUUCCCUGUGUCUCUCUGUCAGUCAGACCAAUCCAGAUCCAUUGAUCAAAUGUAGUGAGAAAUACCUUUGUUGAAAAAGAUAUAUAACAAAAAUAGUAUAUAAUGAAGAUUGAUCAUAUCCAUCUAUCACUCCUUCCUUCCCUCCCUCCCUCUCUCUCUCCCCCUCUCCCUCUGUAUCUCUGUCUAUGUUGCUCUCGUUCUCUCUGUCUCGCUCUCUGUCUCUUACAAAAAUUAUUAUUGCUUUAUUGGCAUGACAAUAAAAUGUACAUAUUGCCAAAGCAUACUUUGGAAAUGGAAUGAUUCAUUGACAAUAUUAACAUCAUAAAAACAUAAUCUAGAUUGUAAACGAAACAUGACAAUCAGUAGAAACAAUAACCAAGGGUGGGGGGGGUGGGGUUGUAUUAGAAAUGGCAAUCAGCAAGAAAAUAAACAUACAAUGGACAAUAGCGUUAACAAUAACAACACAAUGGCAUUGCAGACAAGUGCAGGUUGGUUGGUUGAUCUUAUGGCAGGCAGCAAUGUAGUGCACUGCCAACCCACAGUUCUCUGCGUCCUCCCCCAACAGAACGGGAAGCUUCUUGUCAUCUGAGGUCUUGGAAGCUUUCAAUUGUGGUUUCAAAUUGAUUUAAUAACAUAUGUUUCCCUCAAAUACUCGAGCAUCUCGUCUCCUCUCUUCGAGUCUCAUUCUACUCGAUCUUCUCUUCUAUCGUCGCUCUCCCCUCCACUCUCUCUCUCUCUCUCUACUCUCUCUAUCUCGUCUAUCUCUCUCUCCUCCUCUCUCUCUCUCUCUCUCUCUCUCCUUCUUUGUUUUCUCUCUCUUACCUGUUCAUCUUUGCUGUUUAUGAUCACCAGGUCUGCUCCUCUCUUCAGACAGUCCUGUCUGGCGUAA